AGUUGCUACAAAACAAGCGGGUUGACAUGAAGUGCUGAGUCGGAUACGUCAGGGCGGAGUUUACCAUGCUGUUUUGAUCUUGCUGCAACACACGUUGAUAUGGAUAUGGACCAGGAUUUAGAAGAACUAAAGGGCGAUGUUGAUUUUGAUUUUUUCGACUCACCGGGCAAAGAUAGAUCACGAUCUCCAAGAGACAAGACGUCUUCGGAGAAAAUAAGCUCAAAACCACCACCAGCACCGAAGUCUCCAAAACUCGACUCACCUGUAGAUAUUCAAGAAUACGAAUAUAAACGAACAUCAAACUCAAGGACUGGUGGUCCUCGAGAAGAUAAGGUGCCAUCUUCCAACUUCAUGAAUCAAGAGGAUGAGGAGGAAUAUUCAUCUGAUUCUGAUCACACCGAUUCCGAGUCGGAAAGCGAUUCUUCAUUUAGUGAUGUAUCAAGUGUGAGAUCUGGGGGUAGAGGAAGAAAUCGUUCAAGAUCAUCAAGUAAGAGUCGUUCCCAGUCCACAAGCCCAGAUCAACGAUAUACCAGGUCUGAAAAGACUAGUAAGGAACACUCACGUAGUGACAAAAGAAGAACAAGAUCACGAUCAGAAAGUCUGUCAGAUAGUGAAAGUGGCAGUGAGAGUACAUCAGACUUUUCAGAUAGAAGUCCCAGUCCAACUCCAAGGAAUAAACAAGAGAGAAAGUAUAAAGACAUUUCACAAAAUCCUGUUCAUAAAGUUGAAGGAAGACCACGAGAAGCAAGAGUGAGACCUGUUUCAGCACAUCCUAGUAAAAAGCAAAGUGGUUCUAAGCAUCAGGCAUGGGGAGCUAGUGAUAGAAAUAACAGUUUCAGAAACAGUGAUUCAAGCCGUAAGAAUAAAUCAAGAUAUGGAAAUGAUGACAGGUCAGGUUCUGAUUCGGAAAGUGAUAUGACAGACGUUUCUCCAUUGACGUCACCAAGGAACAGUCCUCACAAGAAGAGGUAUGACUCAAAUUUAAGGUCUGAUCUCCGAAAUGGAUCUCAUAAAAAAACUGUGCAAUACCGUGGCAUACCACCAAAUCUGGAGAAUGCCGGUUAUUCUAUAACUCCAGGUGAGGCUGAAACACUGGAUCUAAAUAUUUUGAUGAAAGCUGUUUCAGAAUUGGAGAAAACGAAACGUGUUAAGGACAACACAAGACGUGUCAUGUUUGCACCACCAAAGGCUCAUGACAGUAGCAAUUAUACAUUUACUGAUGACAGAACUAAAUUAAUUGAAAAGGAAAAUCAGAGGUUGUUGCGUGAAAUAAUGAAGCAUGUAGCAGAACAGAGAGAUCCUCAUCAAAUGAAACGGGCAGACCCAACACCAGUCAGAAGAGUGACAGCAUCAGCCAUUAACCGACAGAGACAACAGAAAAGAAUAGAAUCGGACAACUUGCAAUUUUUGCGCCGUCUUCAAAAAGUGAAGCCAACACGAGGAAUGUCCCGCGAUGAUCAGAUCAACCACUACCAGCACACCAUGCUGUACGGAGUCCCCAUCGCUGCAGGAGACAACCUACUCAAGUCAGGUCGCAGGUCACGACCUGGUUCAGCAGGGUCGAUUCUGAGCCAGAGGUCACGGAGCAUGUGCAGUGUGACCAGUGCAUCAACCAAUGCCUCUGCUGCAUCUACUAUGCGAUCUGCAACUUCAACAAGAUCAGGUCGAUUACCUAAAAGUGCUAAAAGAUUUACCGAUGCUCGUCCCGAAUGGUCAGACCGAUGGUAAAGGGGUCACAUGAUCAUGUACAUGUUGUAUGGUUCUCAGUACUUUUGUAAAGAAUCUAGUUUAUUUUGAACAUUUUAGGUCUGGCCUCAAUUUACAUGCCAAGUGUAGUUUUGACAUAUGGCAUUUAGUUGCCAAAGGAUAUGGGUUUUUUUUUCAUUAUUUUAUAUUUUUUAUAAAACGUCAAAGUAAGGCAGCCCACAAUGUUUUAUUAUUAAAUUUGGGGACCAUUUUGUCUUAUCCUGUUAAGAUUAGGAGUAUGCCAAGAACACCAUGACAUUUGUGCUGUAUGUUUUUAUAUAUAUUUUUUCAAAACAUGUCAUCUCAUCAGAUUCGUAAACAAAUACAGCUGAGAUUCUGACAAAAUUGAUUUGCUAGAAAAAUCAUGUGCAGACAAGUAGUCUCAUAAGAAAUUAUGAGAUGUAAGAUGUAGGAUAUUUUGUUUGUAGCUUGUCUACAUUAUCAUUCGUUAACGUUGAUCAUUUUAUGUUUUCUACAUAUGAAACAUGUGGUAGUUAACAUGGAGGUACAUUUGUAGAAGAAACAAACACACAGUACCUCUCUAUACAGCUACAAAUUUGAAGCCAGUGUUUCCUCUGCUAUUAGAAGUUUUCAUGGGGAUUACAAAGGUAGGUUUUAGGAUCAUGACAAAUAUAUUUAUUCUUUUGUUAUCAUAAUUAAACUUAAUAAUUCUUAUUGUAGUGAUCACCUGUAUUGAUAGAGAGUUAUGUCACAUGGGUGGGACAGGUUCUUAAGUCAAAUGGGUACAAUGUGUGAAGCCCAUUUCUGGUGUCCCCUGCCGUGAUGUUGCUGGAAUAUUGCUAAAAGCGGCGUAAAACCAAACUCAGUCAGUCAGUCGUAAGUCAAAGGAGUUAGUACAUCAUGUGAGGUAUUUUCUCAACCAGUCGGUUUAUUAAUGUCUCACCUUCAACUGUUAUACCAGGCUCCUGGAACACCCAAGGGUCGUAGACUUAAUAUGUGUCAUUGUUAACCUGUGUUUUCUGUACAUAGUAUUUCUAAUGGUAAUAAUAGCUAUAAUAAUAUUAUAAUAAUAAUACCCAUCUUUAGUGCAGACUUUAAUACUCUGCUAGAUAGUUGAAUAGUUUCAGUGAUAUUUUCAUAUCUUUGUUUCAUAUCCGUCCAGGUGAAAUCAGGUUGAAUUCUAGGAUUGCAAUGUCUG